AGCAUUGGUCUUGCUGGACUGAACUCUCUUAUACAUGAGGAUAAGGAGGGGGAAAAAGAAGGAGUGGGCUUUAGGACAUACUUGAGAAGGUAGAUACGACUUGUAGCAAUGGAAGAGGAAAGCACCAUCCCUUAAGAAUAAAAGGUUUUUGUUUUUUUUAAAGGACAUUUGUCACCAAAAGAAAGAAACAGUGCUGAAAUCAUGGGAGCUGAAGAAGAAGAGGUGGUUGUCUCCCUCUCUGGAGGGGCCCCUUGGGGCUUCCGACUGCAGGGGGGCUCUGAACACAAAAGACCCCUUCAGGUGUCAAAGAUUCGUAAGAGAAGUAAAGCAUGUCGUGGGGGCCUGUGGGAAAAUGAUGAACUAGUAUCCAUCAAUGGGAAAUCAUGUGCUGGUCUCUCGCAUGCCAGUGCCAUGCAGAUCAUCGACUCCUCAAACGGCAUCCUCAACAUUGUUGUUAAAAGGGCAUCUAGUGGGGACCUGUCUGGUGUGGGUUUCCUCCGUUCUCCUUCUCCCAGGCAACUACAAGUGGUCUCACCAGGUUCCCCACUCAGCCAGGCCUCCCAGUUGCACAGUCCUGAACUGGCAGGUCCCCCAGUUGCCGCAGAACCUGAGCUGCAGUCCCGACGACAGCAGCACUUGGAGAACCUAACCUCACCCCCAGAUAGUGAAGCGUACUAUGCUGAGACUGACAGCGAUGCUGACAAUAUUGCACAGGAAAAGCAUCGGAGAGCUCGCAAGAAAAGCCCCCGUUCUCCACCGGGGGGACCAAACAAUAAAGUGGAUGAGCCACAAGAUGAAGUGUCACUCUCAAAUCUGAGUGGGUAUGACAGCACCCCUGAGGCAACAGCACAAGCUGGAGAACAUGGAGAAAACUUCAGUGGGGUGACCAAGAGGGAGAUUGUGUGCCAGCCAGGAAGCCGCACACACACACCCUUAUCAGAGAGUGACGCUUUGCUGCAGCCACCCUUACCUGAAGAUAGAGAGCCUUCCCCAGAGGCUAUGCUCUUACCACAUGCGACUAAGACCAUUCGAGCAGAGAGGCACCUCAUCCCCAUGAUAGGGCCUGUGGAGCACCCUGUAGAUGAAGACCUGACAACCAGCUAUGCAGAGAAAGCCAAACAAGCCAAGCUUCAUCGCAGUGAGAGCAUGCAGGAAAAAAAUGUGAAAGAAGCCAAAACCAAGUGCCGAACCAUUGCAUCCCUGCUGACAGAUGCGCCCAACCCCCAUUCCAAAGGGGUCCUGAUGUUCAAAAAGCGCAGGCAGAGAGCAAAGAAGUACACCCUGGUCAGUUUCGGAAGUGUUGACGAAGACCGCUGCUAUGACGAAGAGGACGGCGUCUUCCCAACCAGUGAGUCUGAGUUUGACGAGGAGGGCUUCUCUGAUGCUCGGAGCUUAACCAACCACUCAGACUGGGACAAUACCUACCUUGAUAUUGAGAAGCCAAAGGAGUCUCCUGCACAUGAGCAGGCCCAGACGCAGCAAGGCCUCAGUGAAGCCUCAGGCAGGGGGGCGCAAUUGUUUGAGCAGCAGAGGCAGAAGGCUGGUAAACAUAUUGUGGAGAAAGUCCCUCCUAGUCCUCAUGAGCCAGAGGAACAGUCCUCAGCUUCAACCAUCCUUCAGACAUGCCGUGUAGUGCGUAAUGAAGCACCUAUUCCACAGAAGGCAGAAAAGGCCCCACUGAGCAUCCAUUUAGAAGCUGUACAGGUGUCUAGCCAGCUGCCAUCGCCCAGCCCUGCUCAGCUCCAGUCUCCAUCUGGCAUCUUUGGAGGAGGAGGUGCCCAGAUCUCACCAAGUACCACAGGCAUCUUCAACAGAUCUGCUCGGCCUUUCACUCCUGGUUUUUCUGGGCAGCGUCCUAUGACUUCCUCUGUUGUGUUCCGACCAUCAGUGCCAAGGAAGAGCAGUGAGAGAACAGCUGUGCCUCCUUUCUCCCCUGCCUUCCCAGAGACCACUGUGCUUCCUCCCACUCCCUUGGCAAUGCAGCCUAGCAGCCCAGCCAGCACCUCUGUAUCUCUGUAUAUCCCAACUGCUCCAUCAUCAGUGCAACUAGCAGGGGCUGGAAAUCCUGCGGAGGGCAAGCCACCUUCCAACACAGCCAGAACCUCCACGGCUUCCAUAUACCUAUCGGCUCCCUCUAAGCCAGCUGCAGAUGCCGUUGCUACUACAUCCCUGCCAUUUCCGCCUUCACAAGCCCAAGAGGCAGCUUCUUCCACUUUGUAUAUCAGUCCAGUCCCACAGCAGCCCCUCAGCCAGCCCUACAGCCAGCCCUUCACUGUUGUGGCACCAGCCAUUCCGCGUCCUGCCUCUGAGCCCUUUGCCUCCAGGGAGCAGAGGAUUGCGGUCCCAGCUCCCAGAACGGGAAUCUUGCAGGAGGCUCGUCGACGAAGCAGUAAGAAGCCAAUGUUCAAGUCUGUGGAGGAGAAGAAAAAGAAUUCCCCAAACCCAGAGUUGCUGUCUCUGGUGCAGAACCUGGAUGAAAAGCCCAAAGGAGACCAUCAUGGGGCAGGCUUUGAGUCUGGGCCCGAGGAAGACGUCCUCAGCCUGGGGGCUGAAGCCUGCAACUUCAUGCAAGCAUCAGGCCGGAAGUUCAAGGCCCCGCCUCCAGUAGCUCCUAAGCCACAGCAAUCCAAGGCCUCUGGCGGACUGGUGAAUGGGGCCUCUUCUGCACAUGACAUAUCCCAUUUGAAGGGAAAAGGGGCAGAGCUCUUUGCUAAGCGACAGAGCCGCAUGGACAAGUUUGUGGUGGAGGCGGCACCGACACCAGUCCCAAAGGCCAGAACCCCCUCCCCAACUCCUUCCCUGCCUUCCUCUUGGAAGUACUCCCCAAACAUCCGUGCCCCACCCCCCAUUGCUUACAACCCACUGCACUCCCCAUUUUACCCCCUGGCCGCCAGCAGAUCUCAGGCCAGCAAGGCAGAGAGCAAAGUGAAAAAGGCACCUAGUCAGAAAUCAGGGAUCAAGGCCAUUGACUUCAUGCGGCACCAGCCAUACCAGCUGAAGUCUGCUAUGUUCUGUUUUGGGGAAGUGCCGAGCUCUGAUGUCCAGGCUUCCACAAGGCAGACAGCCCAACAGUCCAGCCUGUCUUUCAUCCCUGCCAAACAAGUGCCCGUGAAAACAGCCAAGACCUAUGAGAUCCGCCGCUUCUCCACACCUGCCCCAGUGUCAGCUUCAGGCAGCCUGGUCCCUACGGUACUGGCUCCCCGCUCAGCCACCACAUUGGAUGAGCCGGUGUGGAGGACAGAAAUGACCUCCAUUUCUGCACCUGCCUCCCCUGGGCCCUUUCAAGCACCUUUCCCCCAAUAUCAAAGCUCUCCUGAACUCAACCAGGCAUGCAGAGGGCCUUCCCCAAGCCGACCCUCAUCAUCCUCAAGUUUCCAGGUAGCUAGGCCCAGGUUCUCAGCAGCCCAAACUGGAAUGCAGGCACGUGUCUGGAGACCAGGUUCUGGUCAUCCAUGAAAGGCACAUUGUCCCUUGUCCUUGUCCCUGUCACAGGGCUUCUUUCACACAUUUAUUUUUUAGGUAUAUACCUAAUUUUGGGGGAAUGUGUAUACAUCUAAAAAUCUAAAGUGUGAAUGCAACAACCAGUUUAGAAACCCCUGUAUCCUACAAGAGGAUCCAUCAGAGAUCUAGGAUUGGUUGCAGCUCACUGCUGAAUGUCCACUUGAUGGCAAACCCAAAUUUGCUGCUUUGUAAUGUGUGAAAUGACCCACAGGCACAAAUCAGAUGUUUGAACAGAAUAGUUACCUUUAGUUUUCCUACCCACCUCCUCCUUUUCUGUUUAGGUUGAGUUCCUGUAAAUUAGCACAAUGAAGCCAAAUAGACUUCCUUUCUGAACCCCUGAACUCUCCACUUUUUGGACUUGCAACAUUUCCAAGGGAUUUAACAGUUUGUGGUUACAACAGGAGAAAUGUAGUGAAGAUAGAAGUAGUUGUCAUGUACAUAGCAGCGAAAUUCAUAACCACCCUGAGAACUGCAGCAUAAUGCAGCAUAAGCAAAUCCAUUUAUCUCUCAGGUACUGUGGAAAGAACAUCUCUCCACCCCCAUCCUGAAGUGCAGCAUAGGUGAAGUAGAAGAAAAAGUAGCAAAGAUAUGGAUGGAGCUUAAAAGACUUAAUUGUCCCUCAAUAUUUGCCUACUACAACCAACUAGUUGAUAGUCAGCCAGAUGGGCGACUAAGAAAUUCAGUAAAUAAAUAAAUAAAUAAAUAAAUAGCUUGCACCACUGGAUUUCCAGCAGGGGGUUCUUGGAAGCUUGCUGCAGGUUCCUCAGUGAAGUGGCCAGUCAUGGACUGAGGGCUUCCCCAAAUGACAACUUGCCCACCAUUACUACAGCGUACAGGAAUUGUGAAUGGAUUCUAGGGUGUGCUUUCAGCUUACACUGGACAUUGGCUAGGCCUAAUGUCCCCUUUGCCCUACAUUAACUGAGAGCAAUACUACAGCAAAGCCCACAUUUGUCAAGGCAAUGCAAAUUUUGCAUUUACAGGGAAGGGCAGCAGGCAUUUCCUCAAUGUCCCUGUAUUCUGCCCUGCCCCUCCAUUAGCAUUAUGAAGCAAAUAUGGGGCUGCCAGACACGUGUUUGCCAUGUAUCAUGUAGUUCUCUCUUGAAAUGCCCAAGACCACGAUCCAGAAUUCUCUAUUUCUGCAAAAGACAAAUCCGACAGAAAGCUUGCAAGCAAGUGGUGUACACAGAUGCACACACCAUUUGCUAUGUUAUGAGAUAGGAGACACAAAUUCCUCAAGAUUUCCUGGUCCUUCCUCCUCGGAGCUUCAGGACAAGAGGCUAGGCUAGAGCUGAAAAUAAGCAUGAUGCAAGAAUCAGAGAUGGAAGAGGCAUAGACGUAACAAGAAAGUCAAGCUCCUUCAUUCAAAUGUAGCCAGGAGAGGCUUAUUUGGGUACACACCAUACAUUUAAAGCAUAUCCCACCCAUCGACCCCAAUAAUCCUGGGAACUGUAGUUUACCCCUCCAGAGCUACAAUUCCCAGAACUCUUAACAAACAACACUUCCCAGGAUUCUUGGGGGGGGGCUUUCAAUGUAAAUGUAUGGUGUGUAUGUAGCCAUAGUCUCUACUUCUUUAUGGUAGGAGAGGGGCAAAUACAGGGAAGAUCUUCUAACAGUCUCUCCAUGCCCAGCAACUAAUUUCUUCAGGGAAGAAACUGAACAUUUUUGAGGCACCAGAGAAGGAAAGACUGGGUGUUUAGAGAACCUGCACAUGAAAGGAAGAUCAGAUGUGUGGACUAGUGGAUUUUGUAAUGGAAGGGGUGGCAUUGCAAGUGGAAGGGAGGAAAAUGUGAGCAAGUGCGUGAAUGGCUUUCAAAGUCCAUCGGGCAGGGUUUUCAUGCAUUCAUGCUUCAGAUGGUUAAUUCUGCCUGUCACAAGCCAGCAAGAGAAAGGAAUAUAGAGCCACCUUUUGUAGACGCUUCCAGUUCAGUGAAGGGUACAAGUGUGAAGGGAUGGCUAGGAAUUUUACAUCCACCCAAAGCUGGAGUGGUGGGGAUAGAACAGGCAGACUGCUGGAAGAACUACUCUGGCUAGAUGCACUUGGGGUUUCCUUGCAUCCUCAGAAGCAAAUGGUCCCAUACAAGAAAACAUGGUGUUAAUCCCGGUGGUACCUUUGCUUUCUAUGUCAGCAUAACCUGAAUCAUCUGAGUGUGGCCUCUUUAUUCAUGUGUGUAAGAAAAUACUAUGUAAAAUAUCAAGCAACCCCAGCCCCUGUACCCCAAAUGUUUAUUAACCAAUCGAAAAAUGAUGGUAGGAAGAUUUUUUUUGACAGAGGGCACUACAGUGUAUAGAUUAUCUCCACACAAACAUGGUCUUGCCUGGUUUGUCAUGGUCAUUGUCAAGGCUAAUUCACACUUUAAGAUUUGUAUAAAUGUCUAGGUAAAAAUACAUGAGCUAAACAUUGGUUUUGAAUAGUGCAUGUGCUCUUUUUCUUAAUGGCCACUGUUCUCCCCAGUAUCCAUGGAAGCUGGGGCCUAAUACUUCCUUGAUUGUUUGUUCUAGGUUUGGGCAUUCAGUCUCCACUCAAGGAGAAGCGGGGGUGCACUGCCAAGCCCCACCCCCUCUGGUGCAUCAUUGCUACACGGUUUAGAGCCCUCCAUGCGUUUGGGGGUGAUAGUCUGUGGUAGAGAAGGCUCCCUGUGUGAUUUAGUUUGUAUCAUGAAGAAAAGCAUGUGUGCCAUUUCAAAUCAAUGCAUCAUGUAUGUUUUUGUCAGCAUCACAAGGCUCAAACAGCAGCUGAGAUAUUGAUACUGAGAAUUAGGUGAUCCCAAAGAGCUAAUCCCAUGCCACUGCCUGCUAUACAACUCUUGUGUUUGCUGUCCUCCAUCAGGAGUGAUGACAUUCCUCUUAAGUCAGCCUUUCCCAACCAGUGUGCCUCCAGAUGUUGUUGGACCACAACUCCCAUCAGCCUUAGCCAGCAU